CAUGUUAAAUCAUUCACCGCCUGUCUCAAGAUGGAUCUGCAAGUCUCCGUUUUUCUUCUUUUUGCCGCCUUUACUUCAGGAUACUCUCUCAGCUGUUACCAGUGUGAUGGAAUAUUGGGUUCUUGUGCAGAACAAACUGAAAAAACAUGUUCUAGUGAACAGUCUAAGUGCGCGAGCAUAACAGUGGUAAGAAAAUUUGGCACCACAAGUUCUACAACAAAGGCUAAAGACUGUGCUGCAGAUUGUGCAAGUGGGAUUUUAAACUUUGGGUAUUCAAAGAUGUCGCAUGUGUGCUGUAACAGUGACCAGUGCAACAAAAAAGACGCUCAAGUUCCCACCACUGACACUCCUAAUGGAAACACAUGCUACUCUUGUAAUGAGAACAACUGCUUCAAUGUACUGAGCUGUUCAGGAAAUGAAGACCGCUGCAUCAAAGCAACAGUGACUGUCAGAAGCAUGUCAGCAGUCGUAAAAGGCUGUGCCUCCAAAUCUAUUUGUGAUGCCAAAUCAGUCCCUAGUCUUCACGACAUCUCCUGUUGUUCAGGGAAUCUGUGUAACGGAGCUAAAAGUGUCACUCAGAGCUUCCUGAUCCUCUGUUUUCCUCUGAUCGCCUUCAUCCUGAUGCUCUGAACACACAUUCAGUUCUACAGUCUGACUCGCUCAUUAUACAAUAGCUUGCACACUCUUUGUAAUUUUAGCUGUGCCACUCUGGUGUAAUAUUUUAAUCAAGCAAUACACUUUUCUUGAGUUUUUUUUAAUAACGCAUGUCAUUUAUUUUAUGCAAGUAACCAGCAAAAGAGCUUCAAAGUGUAACAGUUUUCCAUCGAAUAGGAAGGACGAUUGCUGGUUAUUGAUAACAAGGUAAACGUCUAUUUUAGUCUUCGUAAACUGUAAAGGCAAACCUCUCAUUUGGUACAUUGAUAUUAAAAAUUAACAUUACUGUUCAAAUAGUCAGAUCAAAUUAAUUUUUGAAUAUAAAAUAAUCCACAAUCAACCACAACUUGCAUAGUUGUUGUGAUGCCCAUCAAUUUGUUUGAUAAUUACAUUCAUGCAAAACUUUUUGUUAGAUUGCCGGCAUAUAAAUAAACAUCAAGCUACUUGAGAGUCAUUUAUCAAUGCGUCAAUCCACCAAGGAAGAGAGAUGGCUGUUAAAAGAAGGCAAACGCUCAUUAUUUGUUCAUAUUUGUGGUCGGUUUUAAACAAUGUCAGCAUAAAUGUUCCUAAAUAAUAUCUUCCUUUCAGCUUUUCUCUGACUUUUCUUUUCUGGAUCUUGAACGUAAGAGAAAAUGGAUGUACUGGUGAGCGACUUUAAAACAAGAUUACAUUCUGAUUCUGAUCUUUUCAUUUUUAUUAUUUUACAUGUCUGUGUUCUGCUGUGAUGAAGUGUUUGGAGGUUGUCUAUAGCUACAUAUUACUAACACGUUCUUUAAAACAAAUAAAUACCGCACCACUGAUUUAGUUUAUGCUUUCAAUUGAGUUUUCUCUUCAUCAAAUUGAAACUAAAAAAAAGAAAUGUUACUGCCAAGAUCAGCGUAAAUGUAUGAACCGUCAUUGUCUUGCUUUACCGCUUCUCUUAAUUUACAUGUGUUGCAAUAAACUUAAUCAAACUA